UUAGUGUCCAGUGGUGUGCGUAUAUCGUCUGCAUCGCAUACAAAUCGCAUUGUCUAGUUAUUUUUCUAUUCGACUUAAUAAGCAACAACAUGACAACAGCGAUUAUUGCUGGCUUAGGCCUAGCUGCAGUGGGAUUUGCUGGUAGAUAUGUUGUCAAACAACUGCCUAAUAUAACUAGCAAAAUGGCGGAAGCUGUCAAAAAAAUGCCAUCGCUAGAUCCACAGUCUUUGGCUGCCAGUAAAUAUUACAAAGGAGGUUUUGAACAGAAAAUGACCAGAAGAGAAGCAUCUUUAAUUCUUGGAGUUUCACCAUCUGCUCCUAAGGCUAAAGUUAAAGAACAUUUUAAAAAACUUAUCACAGCUAAUCAUCCUGAUAGAGGUGGUUCACCAUAUCUGGCAGCCAAAAUAAACGAAGCAAAAGAUAUGCUUGAAAAAUAAUUUAUAAUAAAGCAAAAAUUUUAUUUCAAUUGAAAACAAUGUUUAUUAUCGUUGUUAAUCAGAUCUUUGUUAUAUAUUAUUAACACAAAAUGGGUGUAAAAUAUAAAGUGUAAAUAGUAAACUGUAAAUAUACAAUGAUUAAAUUUUAAA